AUGGGAUCUUUUAAGGAUCCAAAAACAUGGAUUCCACAUAUUAUCCCUAAGGAUUGUUCCAAGAAGAUCUGCUCAAUCUCUUGCACAAAGUGGUGUAAGUACAUCAUCCUCCCUUCUCCACCACCUCCACCACCACUAUCUAGUCAUGAUUCAGGCAGCACCACCCUCUCUCCGGUGGCGAUAGUGAUCAUUACGCUUAUCGGAACCUUUUUUCUCUUGAUGGGUUACUACUUUAUGAUCUCUAGGUAUUGUACAAGAAGUAGUCAGUCAUCUAUGUUGGAGACUAGAGAGGUGGUUAAUUAUAAUCUAGAUCAAACCCGUGAUCCGGAAUUGGGAGUGGACGGUCGAGAUGAAGCUGAAGAUCAUUCGAGUUAUGUACCGUGGGUUGUUAUAGGUAAAGGUUUGGAUGAAGGUUUUAUUAAGUCGAUUUCGGUGUUUAAGUACAAGAAAGAAGAUGGCUUGUUUACAUGUACAGAUUGUUCGGUUUGUUUAGGGGAGUUUCAAGAAGAUGAGAGCAUUAAGGUGUUACCAAAAUGUAGUCAUGCUUUUCAUGUUUAUUGUAUUGAUACUUGGCUUAAAACUCACUUGAAUUGCCCGUUGUGUCGAGCGAAUGUAUGUUGUGAUGCUAAAUCUUCGCGGCUCAUCUCACCAUUGCCGCCACCACCAACACCGCCACUACCCCCCGUGUUGACAAAUGAAUUAGGAGAAAGAGAUGUGGAGCUUGAGAUUAGAGAAGAGGGUCAGAUGAAGUUGAAAAGAUCGAAAUCUAUGGACUACUUGUGCCAAACUCGAGUUUCGUUAGCCCAAGUUAUGUUCUUGGAUCGAACACACGAAAUGACUCGACAAGAAGUUGGAACUCGAGGUGAUGUCGGAUCGUCCGAGAAUGUUUUCCAGGGAAAUAGCAAGGGUUUAAAGUUUGUUCAUGUGAGCCAUUUUGGUGUGAAAAGAUCAUAUUCAAGUGGUGGGUAUUCGUUUAGUACUACACAUGACGUUCUAAAUGAGAUGUAUGACAUACUAGAAGUGCAUAUAGAUAAUUUAAAGGGUUGA